AUGCAAACUGUGGAUUGGCGAGUUGGGGAAGGGAGAUGUCGGCGGAGAGAGUGCCAGACUGGCAUUUCACCUCUACAGCUGGGGAAGUCAAUUUUUACCGCCCGUCGGGGCCCCGCCCCGUUUCGCACCAUUAAUAACGGAUAUGAGAACAUUUAUUAUACCGUUGGGGCGGACAUGGAUACAAAUUUUGUACCCGUCGAGGGUCACGGAGCGGCAAAAAUAUCAUCAUCCAUCUUUUUCAAUUUCGAAAUUCGAAUGGCUUCGUCAUCACAAGUUUUUCCUUUGGUAAAGUCUAAUUAUUCAUCUUCCUCGUCAUCAUCUUCGGAAGAUGAUUCUUUUGGGGCGUUGAUUCGACAUGAUCAAGACGAAUUCUAUAAGAUUAUGAAUUCAACGAGGCCAAAGAUGGUUAAUUGUGCAAUCGAUCACUAUGAUGAGUAUAUUAAAAUCGGCGAGAGCACUGCCAUUAAAUGCUUGAAGGCAUUUUGUAAUGCUAUUGUUGCUGUGUAUACAGAGGAGUAUAUGUGCCCACCCAACGAAGCCGACAUAGCAUGGCUGCUUGAAGAAGGGGAGCAAAGAGGAUUUCCGGGUAUGCUUGGUUCUAUCGACUGUAUGCACUGGGAGAGGAAGAAUUGUCCAGGUUCACACAAUGAUAUAAAUGUAUUGGAUUAUUCCUCGGUAUUCAAUGGUAUCGUCAAUGGCCAAUUACCUCCGGUUAAUUAUGUAGUGAAUGGACAUCACUAUGUAAUGGGGUAUUACUUAUCUGAUGGUAUAUACCCUAAGUGGACAACUUUGAUGCAGACCAUCCCGCACUCAACUACUACAAAAGAAAAAUUAUUUGCUCAGCGACAAGAGGCAACAAGGAAAGAUAUGGAACGGGCUUUUAGGGUAUUGCAGAUCAAGUGA